GCAUCGAGUUUAAAAUACCGUCUACAAGCUGAUGCUGACAGCCCCGCUCCUGCUGCCUGCUUGCGGCAGACCACACUUCCACGCUCACCGGCAGGCACCGACUGGCCAUCGGGAGGACCGGGAGGGCGAGCACUUGACUUCUUCCUCCACCACUGGUCAUUUCUUUAAAGAAUGUAAUAAAGCUCAAACUCAAUAAAACCAAAACAGGAACAUUUUCAUGUAAAUGUAAUUAAGCUUCCUAAAAAUUGAAUUAAAUCCAUUCAUGUUUUUGAGUAAUUUACAGAAAAGUUCCUUCCUCUUUUGGCCCUUUUUUCUAGUCAAGUGUAAAUCUGUGGCUCCUCAAAGCGGUGCUUAGUUUCCCUUGUCAUUCUAAGACUGCAGUGUUUCCCCUAUAUACAAAUAUAGAAAUUGGACCUAAAAAGUGAGAUAUUUUAUAGGAAAAUCUGCAAUUAUUCUUCAGCAUUAACUCCAAAGAAGAGUUAACGACAUUGAUCGACAGAAAACAGAGGAAGAAACGCAAUUUUUGGAUGUAUUUUUGAGUUGAAACUACUAACUAGCUUCCAACUGACAACUGUCUAGCUGUGGGCUGCCAGCUGUUACCUGCCACUGUUGGAAGGAGCUGCACCGAAGAAGGUAGCGGAACAUUAUAAACUGUGAAUUAUUUCAUGAAGAUAAGAAGAAAGGGAAAGAAAAGUAUUCGUAAGUUAGAAAAGCUAAUUAAUUAGCCUAGCAUAUCUUUGGAACAAAACAAGUGGUCGCCAUGGAAACUGUCCAGCAUGCAAAAAAGAACUUCUCAGCUCUCAGAGCAGAGGGAAGAGAGAUUGAUUAUCCUGCUAAAUGCAAAGGACAAACACAAGGAGAAGACACUGUGUGGAAACCCAGAGGUCCUCUUCACUGACUAUGCCCAACAAAAAGAAGGAAGGAAGAAGAACAACCUCAUAUUCUUCACUGACUCCAUCUACAUCUGGAAAGAUACUCUGUGCAGCAAGUAUGCAUACGUAUCCAGAGAGGGCAUCGGCUCAGGAGGCAGAUUACAAAUCUGUAAAGAUGAACACCUUGACAAAGAUGACCCUCUGCUCACCAUCACAUACUACACCAAAGGAAAGGUCAUGGUCCAAGGGAAUGAAGCCAACCUGGAGUCCUUCCAAGAGGCAUUCCCCCUGCUGAAAGCUGAGGUGGACACAAAGAGGAUCAAUGUCCCCUCUGAUGUCCCCUCUGACAGCGAAGGUGAUGAGAGCCCAAUAGAGAACCCCAACACCUUGUCCAUCUCUGCCCCUCCCACACCGGCCAGCUCCAACAAUCGGCUGAAGGAGAGUAUGGCCCUGCUGGAGCUGGACUUUGCAGAAUUCAAAGAGCGGACCCAGGCCAGGCAGUCUGGUCCCCCAGACAACACUCUGCAGCAGCUUAAAGAGGACCUCCAGCAGCUCAAGAGCGACAACGAGGCCUUGGCAUCUGACCUCAGAGGAAGUGUAGAGGCAAACAGGAGAACAGUGUGCUCCGUGUUCAGUUAGCCAAGGUGAGGGAGGAUGCUGAGUGUAGAGAGAAGAGCUUCACCAGGCAGGUCCAGCACCUGACAGAGAAACUCUCAUCAGUCCUCAAAAUGACGAGUAGAGAGACACAGACUCUCCCUGCCAGUGUCCCUGGCCCACCCUCUCUGCUCAGCACCCAGCCCAACAACACCCUGGCCCCUCCUGAUACACCCACACAGCCAGCUGCCCACAGCCAGCUCUGCGCAUCCCAGCCUCCCUCUACUCAGCCUGAAGAACAAGACCCACAAGUGGUCCUGCUGGCUGACUCAAACGGGAAGUUCCUGGACCCAAGAAAGCUUUUUCCUGAUGAAAAGGUGCUGUCUAAACACUGCAGCACCACAGGCCAUGAAGCUGUUGAAAAAGGAGACCCUCAGGAGCCCUCAGUACCUGGUGAUCCACACGGGAACAAAUGACCUGCACACCCUCCGUAGGGACACUGCUGAGGCAGUGAGGAAAAUGGCGAAGCAGGCCAGUAAGGAAUUCCCCGACACCCGCAUUGUGGUCUCCACCCUGCUGCCUAGGACAGACACCCCUCCUCAUGUCAUCCAUGACAUUAAUAUGGAGAUCAGAAAAGGAUGUGCCACCUUACCAAAUGUCCACCUGGCCCUCCACUCAACCAUUGGCCCCUGGGACCUCUAUGAUGGACUCCACCUACACAGAGAGAGGGUGGGUAUAUUUGCAAAGACCCUCAAAGAUGCAGCCCUGGGACGCACCCCUCCCACCCCCUCCUCUAGAGGCCCUAUAGACCCUCCCAGACCGCUUCCUCCCCAUCACCACCCCAGGAUCACCACCCCUGCUGUGAGGAGACACAACAGCUCAGCCUGGACCUCCCACUCCCCACGCCCCCAACACACCCAGAGGAGGCUACUUUCCCCCAGCUCACCCCCUGCACACCAUCAGCAGCAGAGAUAUGCAGCAACAGCUGCUCCUCGUCUCCCUCCCCGCCUACAGCAGCGGAGCUACGCUGCAGUUGUAGCCCAGCCUGCUGCACCCUCCCUCCCCCUGCUACCUCUGAACUGGGAGACAUCAGGAUGAUGCUGCACACCCUGUGCACCCGACUUCUGUCCAGCUAAGACAUUACAUGUAUAUGUUAUCGUAGUAAUCAGUACAAUAGUAAUAUUAGUGAAUAAAGUUGUUGUUUUUUU